AUGAACACAAUGAUAAUUAAGGAUAACAUAAAUAUGUCUAUUAAUGAAGAUGUUGAGAAAGAACUUUAUGAAUGUUUUUCUUUAUUCGAUACAAACAAAUGUGGUUACAUAGAUAUUAGAGAAUUUUACUUUGCUUUAAAAUCAUUAGGUUUAAAUUUUAAAAAAGAACAAGUGAAAAACAUUUUUUUGGAUAUAAAAAAAGAUAUUGAUGAAAAAUUAAAUUUUGAUGAGUUUUUUGACAUAGCUACAAAAUAUAUACAUACAAGAUAUAAUGAUGAGGAAAUGGAUCAAAUGUUUUCUUUAUUUGACCCAAACGAUACAGGUAAAAUAACACUACAAGCCUUAAGAAAAGUAUGCACAGAUAUAGGUGAAAAUAUUAGCGACACCGAACUUAACAACAUGAUACAUUUUGCUGACAAAAAUAAUGACAAAGUUAUUGAUAAAAAUGAAUUCAAAAAAGUACUUUUAUGCUCAUGGAAAAAUGACCCAUUAAGUGAUGUUGAUUCAGAUUCAUAA